CCGGCAACUAGCUGCUAACUGCUCUGGUUGCUAGCUGCCCAAAAUACCAAGCUUAAGCCCGUUGCUUUGUAUGGAAGCGGUCAGCAUCACUAACGGGGCAGGGGAUAUAUUAUUGGCAACACAGCGACCAAAGGUUCAUGUAACGUCUCGGUGGAGAUCAUGAGGAACGUUAUUGUGCUGUCACUGCUGCUGCUCAAUAUACAUCAUGUCUUAUCCGCACCCAAAGGCGUCACUGCUAGUCUAAAAGCAAAGUGGAGCAUGACGCCUUUCCUCCUGGAGACAAGUGAGUUUAUUGGAGAAGAUGGGAAUGAGAAAUUCUGGCAGUUUGUUGACACUGUGAAGGAGCUCACUGUAUACAAGCAAGGAGAGUCUGUGCGCUCAUACUACAAUUUGAUCCUGAAGAAGGCUGGCCAGUUUCUCACAGAUCUUCAAGUGAAUCUCCUCAGAUUUUCUAUGGCCCUGCGCUCAUACUCACCAGCUGUUCAUGCAUCCCAGCAGAUAGCCAGUGAUGAGCCUCCGCCUGAGGCUUGCCCUGCCUUUGUCUCCAUCCAUGGUCAACAUAGCUGCAGUACCAAGGACAUCAAGAAGCUCCUGAAGGCAGCUGCAGGCAGGCCAAAACCAUACUUAUACAAGAAUGAUCACACAUAUCCAGGGGUCAAUAAAACAGACGUUCCCGUUGUUAUCCUCUAUGCUGAGAUUGGAACCAAGAAGUUUGCCACGUUUCAUAAGGUGCUGGCAGAGAAGGCUGGAGAGGGCACGCUUAUAUAUGUCCUGCGGCAUUUUGUAGCGGAUCCAAAGCCUCAAAAGAUGCUUUUAUCUGGGUAUGGUGUUGAGCUGGCUAUCAAAAGCACUGAAUACAAAGCUGUGGAUGACACCAAAGUAAAAGAUUCAAAGACAGUUGUAAACGCUGAGGAGGACAGUAAUGAUGAAGUCCAAGGGUUUGUUUUCGGAACACUGAAAAAAUCUCACCCUGAACUCCAGGAGCAACUUCAAGAACUUCGCAAACAUCUCCUUGAGAGUACCAGUGAAAUGAUCCCUCUCAAAGUGUGGGAAAUGCAAGAUCUUAGUGUCCAGGCAGCUGCCAGAAUCAUGUCCGUGCCAAAGUUUGAUGCUUUGAAGCUCAUGAGGGACCUCAGUCAGAACUUUCCGAGCAAAGCCAGAUCACUGACAAGAGUGGCCGUAAAGCAGGAAAUGAGAAAAGAAAUUGAGGAGAACCAAAAGCGUCUCAGUGAGACCAUUGGUGUUCACCCAGGAGACGGGGAGCUGUUCAUCAAUGGACUGCACAUUGAUCUGGACAUUCACAACCCUUUCAGCAUUUUAGACAUCCUCAGAGGCGAGGCCAGGGUCUUGGAGGGGCUUCAUAACCUAGGCAUAAAAGGAGAACAUCAGGGCAAGCUGCUGAGGUUACCUGUGAAUGCUGUGGAUGACAGCUAUGCCUUGGAUAUCAGACAUCCAGCUAUAAUGUGGAUAAAUGACAUUGAGAAUGACUCAGUGUACCGCAGCUGGCCAACGGGUGUGCAAGAGCUCCUCAGAGCCACUUUUCCCGGAGUCAUCCGACAGAUCCGACGCAACUUCUUCAACCUGGUGCUGUUUCUGGAUCCUGUACGGGAAGAAAGUGUUGAGCUGGUGAAACUAGCAGAGCUUUUCUACAAGCACAAUAUCCCCUUGAGAAUUGGAUUUGUGUUUGUUGUCAACACCAAAGAUGAGAUUGAUGGCUUCUCAGAUGCGGGGGUUGCAUUUUACAGACUGCUGAAUUACAUUGCAGACGAGUACGAUUUAUCCCAGGCUCUGAUGUCCAUCGUCUCAUUGUACAACAAAGUAGAUGUAGGGGAGACGCUGUCUGUUGAAACAAUCUCUGCUUACCUGAAGAGAAAAUUCCCUAAAGCCAGCGCUGAAAGGAUUCUUGGUGAAGAAUCCGAGUAUGAUGACAAAAGAAAGGACGGUGCCCUCUUCUACAAGAAGAGUGGCCUGGGUGCCCUUCCAUUGGCUUUAUUUAAUGGAGUUCCUCUGAGCCCUGAUGAGAUGGACCCAGAGGAGCUGGAAACCAUCCUCCUGCAGCGAAUAAUGGACACCACCACCGCCUUCCAGAGAGCUGUUUUUAUGGGUCAGUUGACUGAGGGGUCAGAUGUGGUGGACUAUCUAAUGGAGCAGGCUAAUGUGGUUCCCAGGAUGAACCCUCUUAUUCUAAGCACUGACAGGAAGUACCUUGACUUCACUGCCAAACCAGUUUUAGAUGAUUGGGAGGACACAACUAUGUUUUCAUACUAUGACUCCAGAGACAAAACAGCUGUGGUGGCUAAGAGAAUGAAGUACUUCACAAACAACGAUGAGGAUGGGAUGAGUGCUGUAACCGUAUGGAUAGCCGGAGAUUUUGAGACGGUCUCAGGAAGAAAACUGUUGCUCAAUGCCCUGAAACAUGUGAAGGCCAGCCCUGGAGUGCGCGUGGGGGUGAUAGAUAACCCCGGUGGAAAGCCCAGCGAAGAUAACACUGUGCUGUACAGGGCUAUCUGGGCCUCUCUCCUCACCCAGAAGAAUAAGGCUGCGGCAGAGUUUGUGCAAAAACUCCUGAAAGAGGAGAGCAGCCAGCUCCUCCAACAAGGGACCAAGAUGAAGGACUUACUGAUACAGGGCAUGGACGGAGAUGCCUUUGAGAAAAAGUUCAACACAAUGGAAGUGGAUUUUAUUCGCAGUCAGCAGCUGUUUUGUCAAGAAGUGCUGAAACUGAGUCCUGGACAGCGGGCAGUGAUCAGCAACGGCAGGAUCCUCGGCCCAUUUGAAGAGCAGGAUGAAUUCACUGUGGAGGAUUUCCACUUGCUGGAGAAGAUAACACUGAGUGGCGCUGCAGAGAAAGUCAAAGCCAAAGUUAAACUGAUGGGGAUGAAGUCAAAGCAAGCCAGUGACUUAGUCAUGAAAGUUGAUGCCCUUCUAACUGCGGCCCCCAAAGGAGAAGUCAGGAGGGAUGUCCACUUUAUCAAAGACAGCUACAGUGUGCUCCAUCUCUCCCCGCGUGAAAAUGAAGUGUUCUAUGAUGUUGUGGCCAUCGUUGACCCCCUCACCAGGGAAGCACAGAAGAUGUCCGCUCUGCUGAUUGUGCUCAGUCAAGUGGUCAAUGUGAGACUGCAGGUGUUUAUGAAUUGCAGGGCCAAGUUGUCCGAGAUGCCCCUCAAGAGCUUUUACCGCUUUGUCUUGGAGUCCGAUGUCAAUUUCUUGGCCAACGACACAGUGUCGCCAGGACCAGUUGCCCUCUUCAUGGAACUCCCUGAAUCUCCCCUUCUCACCCUUAAUAUGAUCACACCAGAGAGCUGGAUGGUGCAGGCUGUCAGAAGCCCCCAUGACUUGGAUAACAUCCAUCUGCAGGAGGUGACGGGGGUCGUGACAGCAGAGUACGAGCUGGAGCACCUCCUGCUGGAGGGCCACUGCUUUGAUCUGUCAACUGGCCAGCCUCCCCGUGGUCUACAGUUUACCCUGGGCAUGAGUCGUAACCUGCUCAUGUACGACACUAUUGUCAUGGCUAACCUGGGAUAUUUCCAGCUGAAAGCCAAUCCUGGUGCCUGGAUCCUGAAAUUACGUAAAGGGAGGUCAGAGGAUAUUUAUCAGGUUCUCACGCAUGAUGGAACCGAUUCCCCUGCAGAUGCUGGUGAUGUCAUUGUUGUGCUGAACAGCUUCCACAGUAAGAUCAUCAAAGUCAGGGUGCAGAAAAAGGCAGAGAAGAUCAAUGAAGAUCUUUUAAGUGAAAAUACUGAAAGCAAAGGAAUAUGGGACUCCAUAGCAAGUGUUUGGAGCACUUUUGAGAAAAGCAUCACAGGUGGUGGCUCUAAGAAGGAUGAUGCAGAGAAGAAGAAAGAGGAUGUUCUAAACAUAUUUUCUGUAGCCUCAGGCCAUCUGUAUGAGCGCUUUCUGAGAAUAAUGAUGCUGUCCGUCCUUCGGCAUACCAAAACACCUGUCAAGUUCUGGUUCCUCAAGAAUUACCUCUCCCCGUCUUUCAAGGAGACCAUCUCUCACAUGGCGGAGUCGUACGGCUUUCAGUAUGAGCUGGUUCAGUACAAGUGGCCCCGCUGGCUGCACCAGCAGACUGAGAAGCAACGCAUUAUCUGGGGUUAUAAGAUCCUCUUCCUGGAUGUUCUCUUCCCCUUGGCUGUGGACAAGAUCAUCUUUGUGGAUGCCGAUCAGAUAGUUCGGGCUGAUCUGAAGGAGUUGAGGGAUUUCGACUUGGAGGGUGCUCCUUACGGCUACACACCGUUUUGUGAUAGCCGCAGAGAGAUGGAAGGCUAUCGCUUCUGGAAAACGGGUUACUGGGCCUCACAUCUAGGACACAGGAAAUACCACAUCAGCGCUCUGUAUGUAGUCGAUUUAAAGAAGUUUCGGAAAAUUGCUGCAGGGGACAGAUUACGAGGCCAGUACCAAGCUCUGAGCCAAGACCCCAACAGUCUGUCCAACCUGGACCAGGACCUUCCCAACAACAUGAUCCACCAGGUGGUCAUCAAGUCACUUCCCCAGGAGUGGCUGUGGUGUGAGACGUGGUGUGACGACACCUCCAAAGUCACAGCUAAGACCAUAGACCUGUGCAAUAACCCAAAGACCAAAGAGCCCAAGCUAACGGCCGCAGCGCGGAUUGUGCCUGAGUGGGUUGAAUAUGACAAUGAGAUAAAACGGCUACUGAGGCAGGUUCAGGAGCAGGAAGACACAACGACGGGAAAACAGACUCCCACGCCCUCACAACAGAAAAAAGCAGACAACCAGCGUGAUGAACUUUAGUGCCUGCCAGCACCAUGCUGAAGAGGAAGGCGGCAGCACCUUUUGCAAGCAGGCUACCUGUGAAGCUUGAAGACAGACAAUUCCAUCUAAACAUAGCCAUGGAGCGUUGCAUCCCCAGCCAGAGAAGGAUGUGAUAUUUUCAGAGAUGCCAUAUCUGCUUCUGCAGUCGAUACGUCUUAAAAAAAGAAAAAAAAUAGAAAACAUGUGUUGUAAGUGUUAACUGCCAACUGUGAACUUGCGAUCAGCACUACAAUCAGGUUUUGGUUACCGGAGAAUGAAGCAAACAGAAAGAAAGAAUGGGGUGAGAUGAAUCAAAGCACUCUGAGGUGUGUGUUGGCAUAUAUUGCACUGAUAAUGGAUGCAAAGAAUCAAAUGGAGAGGGCACAUCUCUAAGAAUUUAAUCUUAAAGUUUAAUGUUUCUUUUAAUUAUUAUGGAAAACCUUUUUCUUAAUUUGACGUUGACUGAAAUGCCCGAACCAAAGUUGUCACUGACAUAAAGCCUGAUUUUACAUUUCAUAACUUGCUGCAAAGUUCUUACAUGAGAACUUUUUAUUUUUUUUCUAAUCCUUAAUUCUUUUGAUUAUAACUGGGUGAAUUUUUUUAUUUUUGUUGAAGGGAGGGUAGUCGACUCUUUCAGGAGAGUAUUGGAGGGUUUUUUGUUGUUUUUUUUAAAUUACACAUCUUUUUGUUUUAGUCCUUCUUUGCAAGAUUUAUUAUAUUAAAAAAGGGAUCAAAUAGUUACAAGGUUGGCUUUCAUAGGUCAUAAAGGUAUGUUUUAUAUGCAGAGUAUCAUCAUCUUGUCUCUGUAUCAGGACUUUAUUUUCCUCAUCACCAUCAAAGAAGCCAAUGUCUGUUUUGAAAAACCCAAUACAUGCAGAUCUAUUGAUUACCUCCACCAA